GGUCUAGGGCAUGGAUAAACGCUCUGACGCUCUAAAAUUUUCAAAUUGAGCAUCUUGAUCUGCUAAUCUCUUUUUGUAUCUCUCCCAAAAAUCUUUCUUGUCAUCUUUCAGCUUUGUUGCUAAGGUUGAAUCAUGCGGAGAUACAGUCCACCAUACCACAGUCCUCCACGGAGAGGAUAUGGAGGUCGACCAAGAAGUCCUCCCAGGAGGGUAUAUGAAGGUGAGCGAGGGAGGCACAAGGAGGAGAAUCAUGGUAGCCUUUUGGUUCGUAAUAUUCCAUUAAAUUGCAGGGCUGAAGAGCUUCGUGUCCCUUUUGAAAGGUUUGGAGUGGUCAGAGAUGUCUAUCUCCCAAAGAACUAUUACACUGGAGAACCUCGUGGGUUUGCAUUUGUGCAGUUUGUGGAUGCUUAUGAUGCUGCAGAGGCCCAAUAUCAUAUGAAUGGACGGAUGUUUGCCGGUAGGGAGAUUUCUGUUGUUCUGGCUGCAGAAACAAGGAAGAGGCCUGAGGAGAUGCGCCGAAGAACCAGGGUUAGAGGACCCUCGGGUAGUGACGGCAGGAGAUCUUAUCAUGGGAGAUCUCGGUCGCAAUCACGGUCCCGUUCACGCUCUCCUCGUCGUCCUUUAGGUUCUAGAAGCCGUCAUCGGUCAAGGUCCUACUCUCCCGCUCCCAAACGACGAAGUGACUACUCUCAAUCUCCUGUAAAAAGAGAGCCUCGAUCGCCUCUUGUAGGACGAGAGAUUGAUGAUGUUCGUAGGUCUUAUUCUCCAGGUUAUGGUGCUGCUGCCGACCAGAAUGUUGAUAGGAGGUCUCCUUCUCCGUACGAAGGAGGGGCAGGGUACAAGUCGUCAGCGUCAAGGUCACCACCGGGAUCUAGGUCUAGAUCUGCUGCUGAUAUAUCACCACCGCCCCGGGAUUAACUUAACGGAAUGAUGUUUAUUAUAUGGACAUGUUUGCCAUAUGUACAUGUAUGCUACUUAACAUUAAAACUUGCUAGUCACUUGGCUUGUGUAUUUCUAGAAUUAAUCGACUUUGUUGUGUUUGAUAUUUCAUGGAUUAUAUAUGUGCUCUUUUUCUUCGU